AUGCCACGACGUCGCGGUGAAUAUACACUUACUAAAUCGACAUCAUUUACUAUUUUUCCUAUUGCUAAUUCCACUGAUAGAGCAUUUUAUUCGGCAGCUGAUACUGAUCAAGGAACUUAUAAGGCUAAGAUAUGUCUAAAUGUGACAAUUACACCUGAUAAUUGCACUACUGCUGCCACCAAUGAUGCAUAUAAAGAAGAGCAUGAAUCAUCAUUAUCAUCUAUUAAAGAAACAGAUCAACAACAAUCAAUUCAACCAGAAAUAUCAAAAACCAGAAAUGAUUAUUGUGGAAAAUUAUCCGAAAUUUUUUCUCGGAAUUUUUCCAAUGAUAAUAUCAUAUCAGAUGGAUGCAAUAAUUCCAUCAAGAAUAGACGCCGAUAUCGUACAACUAGCCAUGAUUCAUCAUUUCGAAAUUCCUUAAAAUAUUCCUUUGAAAAGAUUAAAUUAUGUGCUCUAAAUCAAAAAUAUAGCAAACACGAAACUAAACUUUCUGAUGAGAUAAUUUCAUUGAUGAAUCUGAUGCCGGAUAUGUUAACGAAAAUGAAACGUAAUAGUUUAUCCGGAAAAGAUUCACGGAAAAAAUCACGAAAAGUACAAAGGAGUAAAAGUGGUGCGCUAAAAAAGAUAUUAUCAAUUAAUAUAAUUUUUUUAAAAUGA